AAAUCGGAGAUCCAUAACUUGCGAAUCAGAGAGUAAUCGAUGAAGGAAGCUCCAGUUUGUUUCUAAUGGAAGUGCCUGAGAACAAGAGACGUUUAUCAAUCGUAAAAGGCGUUGUCAGAGCAAGGCGUAAUGCUGGUCUUAACUCAACAUUUAGAAUUAGAAGGCUUGUUGGUGGAGUGGGCAAUGGUGUAACGUCAAGCUUGUGCAACUACUUUAAUGUCUCUGCGCAAUGGUGUUCAUUGGUUGUAAUGUUUCUAGUACUCUCUUGAUUGAUUGUACAUUUUCAAUGUCUUGUACCGAGUAAAAUCAAAUAUGUAUU